AGCUGAAGUUCAAACUAUUGCUACACAAUUAAGCUGCCAUACAAGGGCAUGCAUGAAGUUUCAAGCAAGUGGUCAACAAUUUGUCAAGGCAAAGGCUUCUUUCUCUUAUGACAGAACUGAGCCCGUUAAUGAUGAUGUGAUAUGUCAUAUUUUGAGACUGAGAGAUAAACUGGGAUGGCAAACAUUGUUGCCUCCAUGCGGAUAUGUAGCUAAACCAACAGAAUUAGACGCUAUACAGAAGAUGACAUUUCCGAAACUUCCAGUCCAUCAGGAUGGUGGAGAGUAUGUAUAUUGUCUCAUAAGAAGCAGGGAUGACCCAAAAGCACCAAAUAAUCCAUAUGACCUUCAAGUAGUAUCUGCAAAUAUGGCUAGACAGAGUAAAGAAUAUUGGACGAUUACAGCUUCAUAUGUGUCCAAGCUUACCUCAGUGCAUGGAAUAGAGGAAAUGGAAAUAACACCCGUAAUGGAAUGGUUAUAUGAAAGGCAACUUUAUUAUGCUUUAUGCCGAUUCAGUAUCUAUUUUAAUUUCAGAAAGAAGAAAUACUUCAUUCAAUGGAAAACCAAUGUUAAGAGAACAAAAAUACUGAAGAGCAAAAUAGUGAUGUAUGAACAGCUAUUUUUUGCUGAUGAGACAUUUCAAAGAUGCUUGCUUUAUAUCCAAGCAUUGUGCAAUGAUGCAGCUAACAUCAGAACUUAUAAAUCUGUUGAAGUGAAAGCUAUUCAUUUGAUAAAGGUAGACACAAGUCACACAUAUACUUUGGAUGAAUUUUGUGAGAAACAGUAUCAACAAAGUAAACAAGCACUCAUUCAGCUCCAGGAAUUUAAAGAGAAAGUAAUUAAAGCAAUUCAAAGCACAUUCCUAAAGGUGGCAGAAUUGAAGGGAGUGGAAAGGCUUUUUCAUUUUACCCAAGAUGAUGCCACAGAGAAACCAAAAUAUUUUGAGAUAGCUGAAUGGCGACAUGUAAUGGAUCAAUUUUCUAGGUUUCUUCAGCUUAUAGACAGGAUUUUUCAAGAACUACUCCGGAAACUUGUAUACAAUGCUGUAGAUCUCCUUUUGGAGAUAUUUAAAGGUUCUAACAUAGUGACCACUCCAGAAGAAAAGAGGAAUGAAGAUCUUACAAGGUUGUAUAGGACAACAAUAGAGCGAGCACUUUCUUCAUCUCAUAUACAAAGCAGGCAUCAGAGGAUAUUUCAACAGUCUUCUGUAGAAAAACGUCAAGAACCCUUAUGCCAUUUAAAGGAACUUGAAACACAAUGUGAAAUUGUCACUGUCAGAGACAUAGAUAAGUUGCUAGAAGAUGUGCGAAGACAACUGAAAAGAGAGGAAGACUAUUCACCACUGUUUGAAGUAAAUUUGUGCCUGAGGAUUCCUUUUGAAAAGGAUCGUUUUGUAGAUCCAGAGUCCGGUGCUGCAUCUUUCAAUGAAGAGCUCAGUUACAAUCGGGGUUCUUCAGUGUUCUCAACAGAUCUGUAUCUAGUUCCAAACAGAAAGGAGUUUUCAUUACAACUACAAGGAAUUUUAGAUGGAUUGGAAAACAUCAUUGGACUGAGCUGGAAGGGCACCUUCACAGUGGGUCAGUCUAAGAUUCUGACCCUUUUGUCUAUUCAAAGUAGUUCAUUGGCUCAAGUAGAAUGUUACAGCAAAAACUUUAUGGACUACUGUGAAAUGGUUGAUAAAGCAAAAUAUACAGCUAACAAGAUAACAGCAUUAAAAAGAGAGCUAUCUACACAUGAUUUCAGAAGCAUGUUACAAAACUAUACAGCUGAUACAAUGGAGAUUGUGUGCAUGAUUAUUGAAAGACGCAUCUAUAUGUUUAAGGUCAACAGUUUUAACUUUCAAGCUGAUUGCCUGCCAUAUUUUGAUGCUCUGGUUAAUAUAAUUCAUUCAUGCUUUUAUACAGUUAUGGAAGCAAAGAAUGUACAUCUUGUAGAAGUGAGAAACCCUAUCCUCCUCCUUAGUGAAACAUUGCUCAAGACAGCCAAAGAGAUGAUCCAAAUCCUCAUUGAAGAAGAUGAAGCUAUUUGUGAAAAAAUUCUAAACUAUGCACAUUACCAAGCGGUUUUUGACUCUUCAAUCGCUGACAUGAAAUCAAUGUCAUUGGAAAAGCUUUCACAAAGAAAUCAAACUGGAGAUACUCAGAGAGUGAAUGCUGAGUUAUCUGAAAUUGAAAGUGAGCUAGGAUUGCGUAAAUUGCUAUGGGAUUCACAGGAAGAAUGGGCCAAGCUUUUCUUUAGGUGGAAAAACACAAUUUUUUGGAAUCUUGAUGUAGACUUUAUUCAAAGGGAAGUUAAUAGAUUCAUACACAUCAUACAUGUUCUAGAAAAAGGCUUGCCUGAAAAUACUAUUGUACCUGCUCUGAAGAAAUCAUUGUUGGAUUUUAAAGAAUUCUUGCCAGUUAUCAUAUCUUUAAGGAAUCCUUGUCUUCAGCCAAGGCACUGGGAAGCCAUACAGAAUGUUAUUGAAGAGUCAGUUUCUUGGGAUAAAAAAAUAACCCUGGAUAAGAUUCUAGAGCUUGAUAUGCUUCGAUACAGAAAAGAAAUAAGUGAAGUAUCUUUAACAGCUACUAAUGAAGUGACGCUUGAAGUUAUGCUGAAAAAGAUCAUUAGUCUUUGGUACAAAACUGAUUUUCAUUUGUCUCCAUAUCACACCGCAACAUCAACUACUUCCAUUAUUUCAUCUGCUGAAGAUAUAAUGGCUCUAUUAGAAGAUUCUCAGGUUACAAUUUCAACAAUUAAAGGCUCUUGCUUCAUUGGACCAAUUAAGAGUCUUGUGGAUUCUUGGGAUCAUAAGCUGAGCCUCUUUUCUUCUACCAUGGGGGAAUGGUUGACUUGUCAAAGGAAUUGGGUUUACCUUGAACCGAUCUUUCAUGCUGCAGAAAUAAAAAGGCAGCUUCCAGCAGAGGCUAAUCUUUUCUCUCAAGUGGAUAACAAAUUUAAAGAGCUAAUGAAACGUACAGAAGAGCAUCCAAAUGCUCUUAGGGCAGCUACAACUAUAGGAGUUCUUGAAAUGAUGCAGACCAACAAUGCUCAUCUGGAGAAAAUACAGAAGUCUCUCGAGAGUUAUCUUGAAGUUAAACGUAUGAUUUUUCCAAGAUUUUAUUUUCUCAGCAAUGCUGAACUUCUUGACAUAUUAGCUGAAAGCAAAGCUCCUGAUGCUGUGCAGCCACACCUUGUGAAAUGUUUUGCUAAUAUAAAGAAGUUGUGUAUACUCACUCGAGAACAGAGACCUCCAGUUGUUUUAAUGAUCAAGUCUGCCGAAGGGGAGAUGCUUCUAGUGCCAAAGGCUGUUCGUAUUAGAGGUCCAGUUGAGCAGUGGCUUGGAACUGUUGAAAGUACUAUGUGUGACACAAUAAAAAAAUUUAUAUCAGUUGGGAUUAUGGAAUGGAGUCAGAUGGAAUUUAAGGACUGGUUUUUUACUCAUCCAGGACAGGUGGUUCUACUUGUGAGUCAAAUAAUGUUUACUAAUGAAUGUGAAAAAAAUUUUCGAACUUCUAAUCCGAAGAAGGAGAUGAUAGCAAGCUGUGAUGAAGUAAUCAGCAUUCUAGAUCAAUUUACAGAGAUAGCAUCCAAGGUUCUUCACCUUCACAAACUAACCACAUUGGAAGCUCUGGUUACUUUGUACAUCCACUUCAGAGAUAUAAUAACUACAAUGAUAGAACACAAAAUCUUUAAAACUGAGGAUUUUGAAUGGAAAAGGCAGUUGCGUUAUGAAUGGCAUGAACUUGGCCCUUGUAGGGUUAUACAGGGUUAUGCAUCUUUUGAUUAUGGUUAUGAAUACUUGGGCUGUUCUUCGCGAUUGGUUAUUACCCCACUCACAGAACGAUGUUGGUUAACCCUCACUGGAGCAUUACAAUUGAACCUAGGAGGCUGUCCUGCUGGUCCAGCUGGUACAGGAAAAACAGAAACUAUCAAAGAUCUGUCCAAAGCCCUGGGAAAACUCUGUCUGGUCUUUAACUGUUCUGAAGGUUUGGAUGAUAAGGUGAUGGGGAAAUUUUUCUGUGGACUGGUACAGUCUGGAGCGUGGUGUUGUUUUGAUGAAUUCAAUCGGAUUGAUGUAGAAGUCCUUUCUGCAAUUGCAUCACAGAUUCAAGCAAUCAAGGCAGCCAAAGAUAGCCUUAAUGUCAGAUUUGUUCUGGAAGGGAAGGAAAUGCGGCUAAAACCAUUCUGCGGAAUCUUUAUUACCAUGAAUCCAGGAUAUAAAGGUCGUGUUGAACUUCCAGACAACUUAAAAUCAUUAUUUCGGCCUGUCUCAAUGAUGGUACCAGACUAUAAACUCAUUGCUGAAAUAAUGUUAUUUUCAGAAGGUUUCAAAUCAGCAAAAUCUCUCUCUGGGAAGAUAGUAAAUCUUUAUCAGCUUUGUAGCAAGCAGCUGUCACAGCAGGAUCAUUAUGAUUUUGGCAUGAGAGCCAUAAAGGUUGCUUUAAUAAGGGCCGGUCAGAAGAUACAAGAGUUAAAAACACAAAAUAGUAAUACAAAGGUUUCAGAGAUAGAAGAAACUCUCAUCAUAAUCACUGUGCUGAAAGAAUCUAAUUUACCAAAAUUCCUUGCUGAGGAUGUUUCACUAUUUGAGGACAUUCUGACAGAUCUGUUUCCAGGAAUGAAUGUUGCAAAAGUAAAUGCACUGCGACUAGAGAAGGCAGUAUCCAUUGCAAUACAGAAAUUAUGUUUGCAGCCCUGGGAAAGUCAGAUAGAGAAAGUUAUGCAGUUUUACAGCCAAAUUAUGGCUCAUGUUGGCGUGAUGUUAGUAGGCCCGACAGGUGGAGGGAAGACUACCAUUAGAACAAUUUUGGAAAAAGCCUUGAUAAUCUUACCGUUACUAGAUUUUGACAGUCUUACAAAACUGGAUGUUAUUUUACAGGUAAGGGGUUUAAUUUCAGAACCUAAAGGCAAAGUAGACACUUUUGUAAUAAACCCCAAAAGUGCUAGUCUUGGUGAACUUUUUGGACAGACUGAUCCUAACACAAUGGAAUGGACAGAUGGUCUUUUAGCAUCAGCAGUACGAGCAUUUACUAAACUUUCAGCAAAAAAACCUAAAAAAAAACCCCAAAGCACCAGUGGAAAAUUUGAAAUCCAGAGCUUGUACACUCUUAGUACAGUGAAUAUGCAAGAAGUCAUCCUAACUGAUGAAGUACUGCAAUACUCUGAAAAUUCUUCUUGCCAAUAUGAAUCUGUUAUUGACUGGCAGUGGGUUAUCUUGGAUGGGCCAGUAGACCCAAUGUGGAUAGAAAACUUAAAUUCUGCAUUAGACGACUCCAGAACAUUGUGCCUUGCUAAUAGUGAAAGAAUCUACUUAUCAUCAGGAAUGAGAAUGAUAUUUGAAGUUGACAGCCUCUCUCAGGCCAGCCCUGCUACUGUUAGCAGAUGUGCUAUGGUUUAUGUGGACCCAGCUGAUCUGGGAUGGGAGCCAUAUGUCAAGACAUGGUUAGAAGGCAUUUCUGCAGUAAUAUCAGAAAGUGAUAUGGAGUACCUUCAAUGUUUAUUUCAAUUAAGUAUGAAAAAAGGGCUAGAGUUUUUGGAUAAAAAUAAGAAAAUGCAGAUAUUUCCUGUACAUCCGAUGGGUGUUGUAAUGAAUCUUUGCAAAAUUCUUGGUUCAUUUAUUAACAUAAUUAAAGCAAGACAUUUCCAGUCAGAAAACCACGAAGUGUUUUACUGCAAAACUGAUGAACCCAAAGGAAAUGGUGUUGCUCCAAUAGUGAGUGGAGAGCAGUCAUGGUUUUGGCAGAAGCAACCAAGUAAACUAUUCAUAUUGUUAGGAAGGCUUUUCAUAUUUGCAUUUACUUGGGCUGUUGGAGGAGUUUUAAAACGAGAAGAUGAACACGAGGGUGAAACUCUAAUUGGUAUAAACACUACCAAUGAUGACCUUGCAAAUCUAACUCGUGACUUCAAUUACCUCGUUCGUGAUAUAUUUGAAAGUCAACCUCCUGCUAAUAUUCAGUUUCCAUCAGGAGACAGAACUCCUUUUGAUUACUUUGUGGAUCUGCAAACAGGAGAGUUCGUAACAUGGGGAGAAUUAAUUCCUUCUACACAGUUUCUUAUUCAGCAACGUGACUCUGCUAAUGGAAAGACUGCUAUGAUUCAGAACAUGCUUGAAAGACUUCAGAAACAAGGAGGAUUACAAAUAAAAUUGGGAACAAUUUUAGGAGAGGUCUUUUUUCACAAUGAAACUAAAAGAGCAAGUGGCUCCGUAGAUGGGGGAGGCAAGGUGGGUAAUGGGGUGCUGUUCAGUUCUGCAUCUUGGGCUGGGACAUUUGGAAUGCUGCUGUUGGAUGAUUCAACUCUGAAUGUGCCAAAAGGGAUGGCUGAUCCAGAUAACCCAUGUCCAGAAAAUACAAAAGAUGCUGUAGUUUCCACAAUACGAUUUAGUGCCCACACCACUGCUGCCCAAACACAGGCUUUGAUUCUUGAGAAACUAGUAUUGAAAAGUAAAGACAUCCUUGGUGCUCCCCAGUCAAAACUGGUAUUAGUAUUUAUUGAUGAUCUGAAUGUGCCAAUACCAGAGGAGUAUGGGGCCCAGCCACCACUUGAGCUCAUCCGACAGUUUCUAGAUUUGGGAGGAUUUUAUGACACACAUCAACUUGCAUGGAAGCAUGUCCAGGAUGUGGCCUUGGUUGCAUCUUGUGCACCUUCAAGUGAAGGAAGAAAAGAGAUCAACUCUCGUUUUCUGACACAUUUUUGCAUGUUAACUUUGCCUGCAACUUCCUUACAAUCUUUGCAGCGUAUUUUUCAGGUGCGUCUUGGAACAUACUUUUAUAACAACAGAUUUUUGGUAGAGGUUCAGAAAUGCACCGACCUCUUAACAUGCUCCUCUAUUGCUCUGUACUACAAAAUGUUUUGUACAAUGCUUCCAACUCCAACUAAAUGCCAUUACACAUUUAAUCUGAAAGAUCUUUUUAAGGUACUUCAAGGAUUGCUCCAAGCCCACAGGUCUGUCAUUGUCUCAAAAGAAUCUGCAGCAUUACUCCUUGUGCAUGAAUCAGCCCGGGUUUUCCAUGAUCGUCUCAUUGAAUCUAGAGAACGCAAUAUUUUUUAUCAGUUUCUUUCUAGUGAGAUCAAUAACUAUUUUAAGAUAUUUUGGUCAAAGGAGAAAUUGAUGGAGGAUUCGCCUAUAUUUGUGGAUUUCCUAGAUUCAAACACACCUGUGGAAAACAGAAUCUAUAAACUCGUUACUAACCAGAAGCGGCUUCUUUUGGUAUUGGAAGAACAUUAUAUUAAAAUGCAGAAAAUGAACUCUGAGUUGAGUACUUCCAUAGUGCUUUUUAAAGAAGUCAUACAGCAUAUAACACGGGCUGCUAGAAUUUUUCGACAAGGUGGUCACAUGACAAUGGUUGGUCUGGAUGGAUCUGGGAGAGCAACUUGUGCAUCCUUAGCCUGUUACUUAUCCUCAUGUAGUCUCUUUAAGUUAUCUAUUUCUCGUAAUUACAAUCAUGUAAAUUUUAGAGAUGACCUUAAAAAAGUCUAUAAGCAGGCAGGACUGGAAGGCAAAAGGACUGUUCUUCUCAUCAAUGACUCAGACAUAAUUCAAGAGUCAUUUUUAGAAGACUUGAGUUGUAUUCUCGAUUCAGGACAAGUGCCUCAAUUAUUUCAGAAAGAGGAGUUGGAUAAUAUUAUUGUAACGCUUACAUCUGUAGCUGAAAAGGCUAACUACUCCAACACUGUAGAAGAUAUCUACUCAUUUUUCUUGAAGAGAGUACACAGCAAUCUUCAUGUAGUUUUCAUAACAAGUUCUGCAGGAGUGGCUUUCCGCCAACAUUGCCGUGCAUAUCCUGCCAUUGUCAAUUGCUGUACAGUUGACUGGUAUGAAAAUUGGCCUGAAGAAGCCCUCUGCCAUGUGGCAAAAAGCUAUUUUACUCAUGCUUACACACUUCAAAAUGAGAAAUUCAAAAACUCGCUUGUUCCUAUGUGUGUAAACAUCCACAAAAAUGUAUCUAAUAUAAUUGAGAACUAUUUGAAGGAAACUAAAAGGCACUACUACAUCACUCCGAACAGCUACUUGCAAUUCAUAAAAACCUUUGCAACCAUAUUUCAAUCGACAAAAGAGAAAACUCUGACUGACAGGUCUUGCUAUCAUUCUGGUUUGACCAAAAUAUUAGAAGCAACCUCACAGAUUACUGAAAUGCAAGAGGAGUUGCUUGUCCUUGGUCCUCAAAUACAGAAAAAAUCAAAGGAAAUAGAAGAACUUGUGGAAAAGCUUCACAGAGAUUCAGUAGUAGUAGAGCAAGUUCGAACUCUUGUUAAACAGGAUGAAGAGCUCAUGGCUGCGGAAACACACAUUGUGGAAGAAUAUGCUCAGCAAGCAACAGAGGAGCUCAAUACUGUAUUGCCAUCUUUGGAAAAAGCUCUUGCUGCUCUUGAUGCACUUGAUAAAAGUCACAUUGCAGAAAUUAGAGUGUAUGCUCGCCCUCCUCCACUUGUAUUAACUGUUAUGAAUGCAGUUUGUGUUCUUCUUCAAAAGAAACCUACUUGGACAUCAGCAAAAUUACUCCUUGCUGACCCUGGUUUUCUGAAGAAGUUGGUUAAUCUUGAUAAAGAUAAUCUGCCAGAAAAGGUGUUUCUACAGCUGAAAAAAUAUGUGAAGUCUCCUGACUUUAGCCCAGCAAAAGUGGGACUAGUGUCUGUUGCAUGUUGCUCCAUCUGUCAAUGGAUUUUAGCUUUAGAUAAUUACCAUAUAGUAAAAAAGUUUGUAGACCCCAAACAAGCCAAGGUAAUAGAAGCAGAGGAAGCAUUAAAGCGUGCACGUGAAAAAUUGGCUGAAAAACAGAAAGGUUUAGUCAUGAUUGAACAGCAUCAGAAACAUUUAGAAGCAACAUAUGAAGAAAGUAUUGCUGAACAAGAAAUACUAGCAACUCGAAAAGAUCAGACAACACAACGUUUAAAAAGUGCAUCUGUAUUAAACACGGCUCUGAAGGAUGAGAUGGAACGCUGGAAAGAAUCGGUUAAUAGUAUGGAUCAAAGGCUUCACGGAAUUGUGGGUGAUGCUCUUAUUUCAGCAGCAUGUAUUGUCUAUAGUGGAGUGUUAACAGCAGAAUAUCGUCAGCAGCUAGUGAACGAGUGUCUGAAGCUCUGUAAUGAAAAUAACAUUCCUGUAUCUUCAAAUUAUUCACUAGUAAACUGCAUGACAGAAAAAAUUGAGGUCCGUCAAUGGCAAAAUGAAGGUUUGCCACUUGAUCAAUAUUCCACAGAAAAUGCUAUUCAUAUUAAACAUGGACAACGAUGGCCUUUACUAAUUGACCCAGAAAGACAGGCUUACAGAUGGAUACAUCAAAUGGCAAGAGACUGUUUGCGACAAAUUCGUGCUACAGAUUCUACUUACUUAAGAAUGCUUGAAAAUUCUAUGCGUAUGGGUGAAUCAGUACUUCUAGAGGAUAUUACUGAAACAUUGGAUUCAAAUAUGAAACCAAUCUUAAGAAAGGACAUCUACAGCAAAGGAGGGCAAAUGUUUAUCAGAAUAGGAGAACAUGAAGUUGAGUACAAUGAAAACUUUAGACUAUACAUGACAACCCAGAAAGCUAAUCCUCAUUUUCUACCAGCAAUAUGCAAAAUGGUGACAAUGAUAAAUUUCACCGUAACAUUCCAAGGUUUGCAAGACCAGCUUUUGUCUGCUGUGGUUAUUCAUGAAAAACCAGAACUUGAACAACAGCGUAGUGAGUUGCUGGAGAACAUAUCUUCUGACCUAGUUACCCUCCGGGAACUGGAACAAAAAUCUCUUAGACUUCUACAAAAAACAGACGGGCAUAUUUUAGAUGACCAUGACCUCAUUAACAAUUUACAGAGAACAAAAAUCACAUCAACAGAGAUAUCUGAGCGUGUUGAAGCAUCAGCAAGAACAGAAUAUACAAUAGAAAAAAUGCGUAAAAACUAUCUUCCUAUUGCGACUCAAGGUGCUGUGCUGUACUUUAUGGUGUCAGAUCUUGUUCACAUAAACUAUAUGUAUCAGUUUUCAUUGGUGUGGUUUCAAAAGAUCUUUGUAGAUUCCAUGGAUUAUAUCAGCAAACUAAAAAGUCACAUUUCUCUGAGUGAGUCUCAUAUUACUGCAACUGGAAAUGCUCAAGCCCUCAGUAAGCAAAGAAGACAUUCUGUCAAAAAAGAAUGGGAAGAAUGUGAGAUGGAUAGCUUCAACAAUCAUAUUAAUAAUAUAACUGACAAGUUAACAAGUAAUGUUUAUAAGACAGUUUCUUCAGCCCUUUUUAGCGAACAUCAACUGUGCUUUUCUUUCUUGCUGUGCACAGCAAUCAUGAAAAUUAAUUGUGGUGAAAAUCAAUGUAGUAACAAGCUUGGAUUUAUAUCAGAGAAUCAGUGGAACUUCUUCCUCUACUCUAGCAUGAUGGCAAAUAUUAAGGACACAAAAGACUCCGAGAAUAAUGAUUCUAGUAGAUUUACAGAAAGUCCUCCUCCCUGGAUUACAGAAGUUAUGUGGAAAGAAUGCCAGUACAUGAGCACUCAUAUGCCAACAUUCAGCCUAUUGUGUGAUUCCCUUUUAUCAGAUUCCCACCGAUGGAAAGCUUUUCUAAAUAGUCAGAAUGUAUAUAAUUUCCUUAGCAAAUGUUACAGCCCAGUUUCAUCAUCAAAGCAAGGUAAUGGUGUUCCAAAAGAAAAUUAUGAUCAGGAUGAUGCAUCUUCAAAUUUUCCUUGGGAGAAUCUUUCUUCAUUCGAAAGACUUAUCUUGAUAAAAGUUCUCCGAUCAGAAUGCUUAAGCAGUGCAGUACGAGAAUUUGUAUUUGAGAAACUAGGAUCCAAGUAUCUUCAGGCUGGAGGCGUUAAUCUGAAAGAAAUGUAUGAAGAAUCCGAUUGUACAACUCCACUAAUUCUUAUCCAUACUCGAGGGGUGGAUGCUGCAGCUCUCCUCUUACGCCUUGCUCAGGAAAUAAAAGGAAACACUCAGCAUGUAAAAAUGAUAUCUUUGGGACGUGGCCAAGAAAGCAAAGCUGAAGAACUAGUAUAUAAAGCACAGAUAAUUAGUGGACAGUGGGCAUUCCUUCAGAAUUGUCAUCUUGCAGCAUCAUUUAUGCCCAGGCUUUGUACAAUUGUUGACUCGUUUACCCAAACAAAUGCAAAUAUAAACCCUGAAUUUAGAUUAUGGUUAAGUUCAACACCAGAUCAUUCUUUUCCUGAACCUAUCUUGCGGAAAGGCAUUAAGAUAGUGAUUGAAUCCCCACAAGGACUGAAGGGAAAAUUGCUUCAAACAUUUGGCAUAAGUGGUACUGGAGAGGUAACAGAACUUAUAUUCAACAAGUCUACCUGCGGGCCUUCAUGGAAAAGGCUAUUGUUUAGUCUGUGUUUUUUUAAUGCUGUCGUCCAUGAAAGAAAGAAAUAUGGAGCUCUGGGCUGGAAUAUUCCAUAUGAAUUUAAUUUUUCAGAUCUGGAGGUUUCAAUACGGAUGAUGGAGAUACUUCUUGAGAAGCAAGAAGAUGUUCCUUGGGCAGCAUUAUGUUAUUCAGCUGGAGAAGUAGUAUAUGGAGGCCGUAUAACUGAUGACUGGGAUCGCCGAUGCUUGCUUAGCAUUCUGAAAAAAUUUUGUAAUCCUUCUUUAUUGGAAGAGAAUUUUGCUUAUACUAGAGACUGUGUAUAUCGGCCUGUUUCUGAAGCCGAUACUUUAAAAGACUGUAGAGCCUAUCUACGAACUCUCCCAGAGGCUGAUUCUGCAGAACUUUUUGGAAUGCAUCCAUGUGCUGAAAGAGCAUUCUUAAAAUCUCAGGCUCAGAUGUUUGUUGAUGCAAUUGCAAGUACACAGCCGAAGAUUCUCACAGGUACUUUCAUAACCAGUGCUGGAAAAACCCAGGAUGAAAUAGUAUUGGACAUAGCAUCUGACAUUCUAAUACGGUUACCACUGACUGUUGAGGAUAUAGGACUGGCAUCGAAAACUGAAAGGCAAAUCCCCCGUGCUGGGAAGAUCCACCACUCCGACUUCAAAAUCUUCGGAGAAGUCGCCACAUCCCUGCCAGUCUCCUGCAUCGACUGUUACGAGGCCCCCGAGCCCGACACGGUUGGUUCGGAGCUCCUCAAUUCCAACUACUCCCACUCCGUCGGAUCCGAUUUCGGAGUCGAGGCCUGCAUCGGAACCGUCUGGUUCCAUGGUAAAUCCUCGGAUCCGAAACAUCCAUCGGGCCUGGUGGAGGCGAGUAUGGAAAAGAAAAAGAAGAAGAAGAGGAAGCAUCUGUCUUCCAAAUCUGACAAACAGGUUUUGGAGAGUGUUAUCACCCCUCAACAAGUUCAGCAGGGUGCUUCCGAACCCGAACUUCCCUCUAAAGGCCAUUGUGGAGCCGGGGACGUGUCUUCACCUAGGCGGACUCCGGCGUCUGAUAGGUCCUGGGAAUCUGAUGUGAUUAUGAUCGAGAAACCUCCGACUCCAUCGGGGAUACCCCGCUCACCUUCCCGUGACUCCUGGUCUUCCCGCUCUUCUCGGACUGACAGGGGCCGUUCGAGAUCUCGCCGCUCCGACAGAUACAGUCUGUACUCAGGCGGGCGUCACUAUUACAGAGAGGGAUCCUAUGGUUCCGAACGGGGAAUUAGGAGGCACUCGCGCUCACCGUCCCUACAUGCUGGUUCCAGAGGGGGAUCCAGACAGGCCCCGGGUUUUUCUGACACUGAAUAUGAUGAUUACCUUGCCUAUGGUAAAUCUUAUGAUUCUCCACCAUCGGAAUCGCCGGAUGGAGCGAUUGGACUGGCGGAGGAAGCAUCUCCAAAGGAAGAUUUCCGUGCUUACAACAAACUGCUCCAAAGGAUGGUGAAAGCCUUUGAAAUCGAAGUGGCUUCCUUGGAACCACGAUCAAAGGAUAAGAUCCUAAAACAUAUGUUCGCUUGGUUGAGGACCACUGCCUUACCCAUGGAUACACGGGCUAAAGUGGAAGAUAUCCCCUUCGAAGGGCAGAACCUGUUCUCUGAUAGAACAGAUGAAUACCUAUCAAAGAAGCGUAAAGACAGGCUGACGGCUCGAUCUUAUGGCGUGCAUCAACACCAGCCUGGUCACCCUCAAUACAAGCCCUACAAUAGGAACCUGCAACAACGAUACCACCCUUAUUAUGGCCACAGUGAUAUCCAAGAUUCACAUGGACAAGGCGUCAACCAUAUUGAUUACCCUGUAUUGGCCACGGCAGCCGUGGUUUCAUGCCCUGCUGAGACUGCACAGUCAAAUGCAUCGGUUUCCAGAGCGGCCAGACCUGCUGUCAUUUCGGGGGGACCUGGGUUUUUUAUCAGUACUCCUUUGAUAAUUGUCUUGCAUCAGGAGAUUGACCAGUUUAAUCAUUUAUUAUCCUUAAUAAUUCAGUCAUUACAUGAACUUCAGCAAGGUACCAAAGGCAAGAUAAUGUUCACCACAGAACUAGAACAGAUUUAUAACUCACUGCUGAAAGGCAAAGUGCCAAACUUGUGGCAGCAACAUUCUUAUGUGUCAUGUAAACCUCUGGGAUCUUGGGUUGAUGACCUCAUUCUGCGACUGAAUUUCUUUGCUAUGUGGGCAAAUCAAGUAAUCACCUGUAUGCAGACAAGAUAUAACUAUUUAGUGAUGCUUAAGAAGCAAACUAGAACACGGCUUCAGCCUGGUGAGGAUCCUGACUCCUUUAGUGACAGCAAUCAGGGACACCCCAGACGUUUUUGGCUUCCAGGUUUCUUUUUCCCACAAGGAUUUCUUACUGCUGUUCUUCAGAAUUAUGCUAGGUUGAAUGAAAUAUCAGUAGAUUCCCUUACUUUUGUGCAUAAAGUUCUUCCGUUUACUCAGAAUAAAGAACAAGACCUUAGAGGUGUCAAGAGAAAUGAAUAUAUAUUCAACAAAGCUUUUCAGGAAUCUUCCACACCAGAAAAUGGCGUUAUAAUUUUUGGAUUAUUCAUAGAUGGUGCAUGCUGGAGUUCCACUAAGGAAGCACUGGAAGAGCCUGUCCUGCUCACAAGAUUUUAUCCACUACCAGACAUACAUUUUUUACCCCAACAGAUUAACUCCCCUUCAACUUCCUGUUACCUAGAGGAUGAAGCAGUGGUUCUACUUUAUGAAUGUCCGUUAUACCGGACACCUCAGCGAUCUGGAAUACUGUCCACUAUGGGCAUAUCAUCUAAUUUCGUAACCUCGAUCAAUCUACCAACUGUGAUAACUCCCAGCCACUGGAUAAUAAGAGGAGUAGCACUGCUGUGUCAGUUAGAUGACUGA